UUUCAUAAAUGAAGUCUAUUUACAAACUAAAAUCAUACACAAUGCAUUAAAUUUGAGUUACAAGCCAUAAAAAGAGAAUUUCAAAGAUUUGUAACAACCAAUUUGGUUCGAUACAAGGCACACGAGUCGUGUGCCUCAACGCACAGAUUGUGCUAGUCCUUGACCUUAAAAAUUAUGAUUCGUAGUUAGGCACACAUACCAGGUUCUUUGAGCUAAGGUGCAAGGUCAAUAUUUGAGGGGGUUCAAAAAGUAAAUUAUAUUGGAUUUACAGGUAUUUUUGUCCAGUUCAGGGGUUCACUUGAACACCCUCAACAUAGUGUAGCUCCGCCCCUGCCACUACCCAUUGAGAUUUUUCGCAUAAGAUGAAAGUUAAGAAACAAAAGAGACAUAGGAAGAGUUUGACGUUUUACACUGCAUGUUUUGGUUUUCGGAAACCUUACAAAGUUCUAUGUGAUGGAACAUUUGUUCAUCACCUUGUUGUCAAUCGUAUAACACCUGCUGAUACUGCUCUUGCCAAUAUUCUUAGUGCCACCGUCAAGCUCUACACAACAAGAUGUGUUCUAGCGGAGUUGAAACGGCUUGGUAAAUCAUAUUCGGAGGCUCUUGAUGCAGCUAAUAAUCUUAUAAUUGCAAGAUGCGAGCAUGACAAAUGUGCGAGGGCCGAUUCCUGCAUCAUGGAGGUUGUUGGAGAAAAUAAUUCCGAGCACUUCUUUGUUGCUAGUCAGGACACUGACCUACGGAAGAAGUUGGAAGAGGUACCUGGUGUGCCUCUCAUAUUUGGUCUCAGAAAUGCUCUUUUCCUCGAAUCUCCAUCUGCAUUUCAGAAGGAGUAUGUCAAAACUUCUGAAGAAAGACGAUUGCAUAUGACCGAUAAAGAGUACCAGAUAUUUAAGGAUAGGGCUAUGAAAAGAUUGGCCGAUGGUGAAGCUGAUAAUUCCAACGCUGAAAUAGUGGAAAACAAUGAUUUAGGAGAUUCGAUUGCAAGUGCACAGGCAAUAAAAAGAAGCAUAAUUUCAAGGAAUCAUAAUGGCGUCAAGGAUAAACCUCAGUUCAAGAGAAGAAAAGCAAAGGGUCCAAACCCACUUUCGUGCAAGAAGAAGAAAAGUCGUGAGAACCAAAAUAAUCCUACGAAGGAAACCAAAGGAGACAACACAGUGAAGAGAAGCAGGAAAAGGAAGAGGUCACAGAAAGGAAAAAAAUCAACAGAAACAGACAGUUAAGUAGGUCGUUAGGUAUAAUGGAUUAGCUCCUCGAAUGAGUUUAGAGAGAAUGCCAAAUUUUAAUUUAUGUUGGCAUGGGAAAGUACGCUAGUUGUAUUUUGUAAUUUUAUCAUACUAUGUUUUUAUUUGGCCAUCAAAAUACAGGCAGCAAAAGUGAUGAGAUUAUUGAUUUGGAUCAAUAUUUGAGGCAACGAUGUUAAAUUAUUAAGCUUAUAAUUUAUCAAAGUUAUCGGUAAUGUUGAGUCGGUAAUGUUGACUCAACAUUACCGAUAACAUCAAUGCUAAGUCUGUAAGGAACUUUAGAUUCCAUUACUA